CCGCUAACUGAUAAGUAGUUACCUUCACCGCACAAGCCGCCGCAUUCAACAGUAAGCAGUCGUGAUUUGUACACGUGUAUUCAUAACAGUGUCUUUUUAGAAAAAAAUACAUCGAUAUAUUUAUUUAGCGAUCGAUCCGACAUCCCUAGUGACCGUGACUGUUUCAGUGCGUUUUGACCCUCCACAUUUCUAUGAGUCAGUGAAGUGGUCGAUACAUAUUUUACGUUAAUAACAAAGAUGAUAAAUGUUUUCUUCAGAAUACAACAUUAUAUGUACUUCGCUAUAAAGUAACAUCGUCUACGAAAAAAGAUAAUUCGCUCAGUUUGAAUCUCUGCAGUAUUAGUAGCCGAUAAAUAAUGUACCAAUCAGUUCUGUUCUUCAUCGCGGCACUGCUGUGCACCGAGAGCAAAUCCGCCAACAUCAACAGGCAUCUCAAACUAUUAGACUUCGAAAACAAUAUAGAACCUAAUGCCUCUCCCACAAAACAAGCGGGCGUCUUGCGUUUCUUAUCUCUAGAACGGAAACCCAACGCUUUAUAUGCGCAUACGACGGGGGUAUUACUGCCCGUUACAUGUGAGGCGAUAGGCUCGCCCGCGCCCACAAUACGCUGGUUCAAAAACAACUCGCCUAUAUAUGAACACGAUACAGAAUCCAAUGAGGUAAUAGAAAGUAAUCCAAACUCAUUGGGUAGAAUCACUUCAACUCUGCUAAUCACACACAGCGAUGGCUCAGACGUCUACACGUGUCUCGCGACUUCUGCCAGCAAAAUGGUUCGAGCUAGCACUGUUAUAACCAGUUCAGGGAAAACUACAGAUCCAACGGAACGCUCCAAACUCCUCCCUCUAGAACCACGUAUCCUGGUGUCGUACAAGGCUUUCGUUGACACCAUUGGGAAUACUGUCAUACUGCCUUGUAAAGCGAGAGGCUACCCAAGACCUACCAUAUCGUGGAGGGACAACAACGGAGUAUUAGUUACUAAGAAUCCAAGGAUGAAGGUUCUUCGGUCAGGUGAACUUGUGAUAUCGCCGCUGCGUUGGAGCGACAUGGGUGAAUUCACUUGCCAUGCGACGAACACAUUCGGAAAUGGAUCAGCUUCGACUUUUUUGUAUCCAGCUGUAAGUGACAUAUAAAUUUAUUUUGUUUCUGAAACAUACUAAAAUUUGAGCUGUAGACAUUUUUCUUUCGAGCCGUUGUGUAAAACGUGUUUCUUGGAGU